AUGUCCACAAACAGAAAUUGGACACUACUGUGUGUACGACUGAUUUCUGUCCAGGUGUCUGGUAAAAGGACAGUGCUGUUGUCCAAUGAGGCGAGAAGAGAAAUAGCGAAGCAGGCAAGAGCCAUGAAGGAGGAGAGACGAGCGACGCUGGACGCCCGACACAAAUACUUGAUCAGCAGGUUGGUGGACGCCGGGAUCCUGGGGGAGCCGGAGGUGGAGGAUGCCCUGAUCUCUGAUGACAAGUUCAGUCUGAUCGAUGAUUUCUUUGCUGCAAAUGGAUCCAAGAAGCUGAUUUUCUUCUAUCAGAAUGUGAAACAGAAUCUGGCGUCCAGUCAUUCCUCCUUUGUGGACGUAGCGACCUCAACUGUGGCUCAGAGGAAGCUCUUCCUCACUACGGGGAGCUCUGAGCCUUUACUGGGGAAGUGUCUAUUCUUCCUGAGAACCACUGACAAGGCAAUAUCCACCGCUAACGUACAGCAGGAGGUGAACUUUGGCAUGUUGGACUGCAGUGACGGCAGCAUCCUGAACAGUCUGGAGACUCUGCUGGCUGACAUCAUGUUACCAGCCCUCCGGUCACAGCAGUGCUCCAGCUCUGCUGAUGGUCCCACGUCAUCGGCCUCCUUCCUCAUCUGCUCGCUCUCCUUUGACAGUGACUAUGCAGACUUCCAGCUCCAGGUUCAGGCUUUGUUCCAGUCUCUCCAGUCUCUGCUGGACUUUUGGUUCCAAAAGUCUCUCACAACGGAGCGGAUGCUGGAGUUGCUGGCGGUGUUUGAGUCUGGUCCGACUGCCCGUCUGGACCUGAAGCAGCACUACCUGCUGCUUCUGCAGCGCUACAGCAGAGAGCUGGAGCUGCUGAGGAAGACCUACCAGAGACAGAGAGAUAGACCGCCCAUUGGACGCAACCUGCCUCCGGUGGCAGGUAGGAUCCUCUGGUGUCGUCAGCUCUUCAGGAAGAUUGAAGCUCCCAUGCUGAUCCUGAAGAAGAAGCUGGACUUCCUCAAGGGGCCAGAGAUGACCAAAGUGAUCCGGAGCUACAACAAGAUGGCCGUGGUGUUGCUGCAGUACGAGGUGCUGCACAUACAAGGCUGGAGUCAGGCAGCAGAGAGCGCACCGCACUGCCUGAACGCCGCCCUGCUGGUGCGACAGGAGAACAGCAAGGAGAUUUUUGUGAACCUGGACCCUGUGGUGAUGGAGGUGCUGCAGGAAGCCCGGUGGAUGACCAAACUUGGGGUGACCGUGCCAAAGGUCAUCCUAAAAAUGAGCUGCAGAGAAGAACAGGUCAAAGCUCUGUACAAGCGGCAGAGUCAGCAGGUUGAGAAAUACGUGUUUGAGCUGAUUGAGGAGCUGAAGAGGAAGAUGAAGACAACAGAGACCGUUAAUCUGGAGGGAUCUUUCCAGUGUCUCCAUCCAGACUCCAAACAGAAGAUUCGCUGUCAGUCUUGUCUUCCUUGUCGUUUCUACAACCUGAUUGGUCAGCUCUGUCAUCGCAACACUGAGGCUCUGGUCAAAGCCACCAAAUCCUCUCUGGACGCCCUGAGAAAGAGACUCCAUGUCUCCAAAUACCAGCUGCCACCCUCCUCCUCCUCCUCCUCCUCCUCUUCCUCCUCCUCCUGCAGCAGCCCACCAGCUCCUCCUCCUCUCCUGAGAGCCUCCAUCCAGCUGGCCAUCCCCAACAUCGUCCUCAGACCCAGUCUGGACGACAUUCAGAGCACAGUGAACAAGCUGGUCAGUGUCGUGUUGUCUGCAACUAAAGACGUCCCUCUGUGGACUUACUCUCAUCUGCAGUACAAACAGCAGCAGGUGGAGCAGGCGGCGGUUCGGGAUGCGGGAGACGACAUCCCGGUGAAGCCACCGGUGCUGAGGCCUUUGGACAGACAGCUGGCCGAACACAAAGACAUCACCAAGUCAGUCAGGAGCUUUGUGCCGCCACAUCAUUAAUUGUUGGCUAAAAUUAACAGUUUGUCAGAAUACAUAAGUCAGUUCUGAUGACUUCAACAAUAAAACAUGAUCAGUAGAAUAAAAUGAUUUAAAACUGUUGGAACGUAAAGUGUAGUCUUUGUCUUUACCCAUGAUGCCUUGCUGUCCAUGCAGAAGCUGGAGGAGCAGAUCUUGGAGCUACCAGCGUUCUGUAUGGUGGGUUCGGUGGUCUUUGACACCGAGCAGCUGCGGCUGGCGCUCACUCAAGAGUGUCGCCUCUGGAAACGAGCUUUCGGUGCGGCGCUCAAUCGCCGGGCGUCCGCCGACAUGGACGACAUCUUCUUGUUCAUGGACGGGCUGACGAAGCGUCUGCAGCGUCCAAUCACAGACCUGGAGGAUGUCCGAGGAGCCAUGGCAGCGCUCAGAGAGGUUCGGGAGGCGGAGGUUCGUAUCGACGCCACCAUCGGUCCGGUGGAGGAAUCCUUCGCUCUGCUCAACAAACAUGAACUGUUCUUCAAUGAUGGGAAUGCAGAGCGUGUGGACGGCCUGACGUACGCCUGGAAAAACCUCAACGCCUUGGUGGUGCAAAACCAGAACACUCUUGUAAAGAUCCAACCCAGCAUGAAGGCAGACCUGUUGUCUGCAGUGCAGAGCUUCCAGAGCCAAGUUGAAAGCUUCUACACCGAGUACAACCACAGGGGUCCGGGGAUGGAGGGUGUGGCUCCAGCUGAAGCCAGUGAGCGGCUGCAGAGCUUUCAGGCUGAGUUUGAUCAGCUGUGGAGGAAAUACACCACCUACUCUGGAGGAGAGGAGCUGUUCGGACUGCCUGUCAAUGAGUACCCAGAGCUGCAGAGGAUCAAGAGGGAGCUCUCUCUGCUGUCCAAACUAUACACCUUGUAUAACUCUGUCAUCGACAGCGUCACCGGCUACUACGACAUCCUGUGGGCCGACCUCAACAUCGAGAAGAUCAACACAGAGCUGCAGGACUUCCAGAACAGGAUCCGAAAGCUUCCAAAGGCGUUGAAGGAGUGGCAGGCCUUCAGAGACCUGAAGAAAACCAUCGAUGACUUCACUGAGACCUGCCCCCUGCUCUACAUGAUGGCCAACAAGGCCAUGCUGCCUCGACACUGGACUCGCCUCAGUGAGAUGACCGGUCACAGUUUCCAGGUGGAAUCAGAGAGUUUCUCCCUCAGGAACAUCAUGGAGGUGCCGCUGCUCAAAUACAAAGAAGACAUUGAGGAUGUUUGCAUCAGCGCGGUCAAGGAGCGCGACAUAGAAGCCAAGCUAAAAGACGUGGUGGCCGAGUGGAGCGGCCAGACGCUCGGCUUCACAACCUUCAGGAACAGAGGAGAACUGCUGCUGAGAGGAGCCGACACGGCCGAGAAAAUCUCCAUGAUGGAGGACAGUCUGAUGGUGCUGACGUCGCUGCUGAGCAACAGGUACAAUGCUCCAUUCAAGCCGUCCAUUCAGCUAUGGGUCCAGAAACUCUCCAACACCUCUGAGAUCAUCGAGAAGUGGUUGUCAGUUCAAAACCUGUGGAUCUACCUGGAGGCAGUGUUCGUGGGAGGAGACAUCGCCAAGCAGCUGCCUCAGGAGGCCAAACGUUUCCAGAACAUCGACAAGUCGUGGCAGAGGAUCAUGCAGCGAGCUCACGAGCUUCCCAACGUGGUGCAGUGCUGUGUGGGAGACGAGACACUGAGCCAGCUGCUCCCUCACCUCCUGGAGCAGUUGGAGCUCUGUCAGAAGUCUCUGUCCGGUUACCUGGAGAAGAAGCGUUUGGUGUUUCCUCGUUUCUUCUUUGUGUCUGACCCAGCCCUGCUAGAGAUUCUGGGCCAAGCUUCGGACUCACACACUAUACAGGCUCAUCUGCUCAGUCUGUUUGACAACGUUAACAGAGUUGUUUUCAAUGAGAAAAUCUACGACCAGAUCGUCAGUUUUCAGUCUCAAGAAGGAGAAACUGUGGAGCUUAGCCAACCUGUCCUGGCACAGGGGAAUGUGGAGUCGUGGUUAGGACAGCUGCUAGCAGGGGUGAGGCAGACCCUCCAUGCUAUCAUUCGUCAGGCCUACUUGGCCAUCAGCGACCCGGGUCUGAAGCUGCUGGAGUUCCAGUCUGCGUUUCCAGCUCAGGUUGGCCUGCUGGGAAUCCAGAUGAUCUGGACCAAAGAUGCAGAAGAUGCACUCGUGCUAAGCAAGUCAGACAAGAAGAUCAUGCAGACGACCAAUCAGAAGUUCCUAGACCUCCUCAAUGAGCUGAUCGACAUGACAACCAGGGAGCUGAGCAGAAAUGAGAGGACCAAGUAUGAGACUCUCAUCACCAUCCACGUCCACCAGAGAGACAUCUUCGAUGAGCUUGUGCAUCUAAACGUGCGAUCUGCUUCGGACUUUGAGUGGCAAAAACAGUCAAGGUUUUACUUCUUGGAGGACACUGACAGAUGUGUCAUCCAAAUCACAGAUGUGGAGUUCAGCUACUGCAAUGAAUACCUGGGCUGUACAGACAGACUGGUCAUCACCCCGCUGACAGACAGGUGUUACAUAACUCUGUCCCAGGCUCUGGGGAUGAGUAUGGGUGGAGCUCCAGCUGGUCCAGCAGGAACAGGUAAGACAGAGACCACUAAAGACAUGGGUCGCUGCUUGGGGAAAUACGUGGUUGUUUUCAACUGUUCGGACCAGAUGGACUACAGAGGACUUGGACGCAUCUACAAAGGUCUGGCCCAGUCUGGAGCCUGGGGCUGCUUUGAUGAGUUUAACCGCAUCGAGCUACCAGUCCUCUCCGUCGCUGCCCAGCAAAUCUACAUCGUUCUGCAGUGUAAGAAGAACAAGAAGAAACAGUUUGUCUUCACCGACGGAGACGUAGUUGACAUGGACCCUGAGUUUGGCAUCUUCCUCACCAUGAACCCCGGUUACGCCGGUCGUCAGGAGCUACCUGAGAAUCUGAAGAUUCAGUUUCGCACAGUAGCAAUGAUGGUCCCGGACCGAGCCAUCAUCAUGAGGGUCAAACUGGCCAGUGCAGGUUUCCGUGACAACCAGGUCCUCAGCAGGAAGUUCUACACCCUCUACAAACUGUGUGAGGAGCAGCUCUCCAAACAGGUCCAUUAUGAUUUUGGUCUGAGGAACAUUUUGUCGGUUUUGAGGACGCUGGGAGCCGUGAAGAGAUCCAACCCGUCAGAACCAGAGAAGACUGUGGUGAUGAGGGUCCUGAGGGACAUGAAUCUCUCCAAACUGGUUGAUGAGGACGAGCCUCUCUUCAUGAGUCUGAUCAAUGAUCUGUUCCCUGGUAUUGUUCUGGAUAAAGCCGGGUAUCCAGACUUGGAGUCCUCCAUCUUCAGUCAGGCUCAGCAGGCUGGUCUGAUCCCUCAUCCCCCCUGGAUCCUCAAACUGGUUCAGCUCUAUGAGACGCAGCGAGUCCGACAUGGUAUGAUGACGUUGGGUCCCAGCGGUGCGGGGAAGACGGCCUGCAUUCACACACUGAUGAAGGCCAUGUCAGAGUGCGGCUCCCCCCACCGGGAGAUGAGGAUGAACCCCAAAGCGAUCACCGCAUCGCAGAUGUUUGGCACACUGGACGUCACCACCAACGACUGGACUGACGGUGUCUUUUCGACUCUGUGGAGGAAGACUCUGAAGGCCAAGAAGGGCGAAUAUAUCUGGAUCGUGCUGGAUGGUCCCGUGGAUGCCAUCUGGAUUGAGAACCUGAACUCAGUUCUGGACGACAACAAAACCCUGACGCUGGCGAACGGAGACCGAAUCCCCAUGGCUCCCUGCUGCAAGAUUGUCUUUGAGCCCCACAACAUUGACAAUGCCUCCCCAGCCACGGUAUCCAGGAAUGGGAUGGUGUUCAUGAGCUCCUCAGUGCUCGGCUGGAGUCCCAUCCUGCAGGCCUGGUUACAGAAGCUACCUGAGCAGCAAGUUGACACCCUGAAGCUCUGCUUCGACUGCUGCUACCAGGACUUGUUGGACUUUGUGUCCACUGCUGUGUCUCCUAAGAUACAGGUGCUGGAGUGUAUGUACAUCAGACAGACUAUUGACCUGCUGCAGGGUUUGCUCCCGGCGACAGAGGAGAAGCAGGGUUGUCAUGGUGACGUGGGUCGACUGUUUGUGUUUGCGGUGAUGUGGUCUCUCGGAGCAGUGCUAGAGCUAGAUGACCGAGCCAAGAUGGAGGCCUUCCUAAAGCACCACAGCUCGUCUCUGGACUUGCCGCACACUCAGGAUGACCAGACCAUCUUUGAGUUCACCGUCAACGAGCAUGGACAGUGGGAGCACUGGUCCAACAAGGUCCCAGAGUAUGUCUACCCCAAAGACCACAUCCCAGACUACUCGUCCAUCCUGGUUCCCAACGUAGACAACGUGAGGACGGACUUCCUGAUGCAGACCAUCAUAAAGCAGAGGAAGGCUGUGUUACUGAUCGGAGAGCAGGGAACCGCGAAGACCGUCAUGAUUAAAGGCUACACCAGUAAGCUCGACCCGGAGAGCCACCUCAGUAAGACGUUGAAUUUCUCGUCGGCCACCCUGCCCAGCAUGUUCCAGAGAACCAUCGAGAGCUACAUCGAUAAACGAAUGGGUGCCACGUAUGGGCCGCCGGCCGGGCGCAGGAUGACGGUGUUUGUAGAUGACAUCAACAUGCCCGUUAUCAACGAAUGGGGUGACCAGAUAACUAAUGAGAUUGUCCGUCAGCUGAUGGAGCAGGGAGGUUUCUACAGUUUGGAUCGUCCAGGAGAGUUCAUCACUGUGGUGGAUGUUCAGCUGGUGGCGGCCAUGAUACACCCAGGCGGAGGUCGUAACGACAUUCCUCAGCGCCUGAAGAGGCAGUUCUCCAUCUUUAACUGCACACUGCCCUCCAACUCCUCCAUCGACAAGAUCUUCGGCACUGUGGCUCAGGGGUACUUCUGCCCAGAGAGAGGUUUCCCUGCCGAGGUCUGCGACCUUGCAGCCGCCCUCGUGCCCACCACCAGACGGAUGUGGCAGGCCGUGAAGGCAAAGAUGUUACCAUCUCCUGCAAAGUUUCACUACAUCUUCAACCUGAGGGACCUCAGCAGAAUCUGGCAGGGGAUCCUGACAGUGAAGUCCGAGGUGUGUCAGAGCUCCGAGCUCCUCUCUGCCCUCUUCCAUCAUGAAUGUUGCAGAGUGAUCGCAGACCGAUUCAUUGACAGCAGCGACAGACAAACCUUCAACGGUAUCAUGGAGAAGAUCACAGUGGAAGAUCAUGGGAGAGCUCUCACUGAGCAUGCUCAGUGGGACAGCUGCUUCGUGGACUUCCUGCGUGAAGCUCCGGAGGCGACGGGGGACGAACCUGAAGAUACCGAGUUGGAGGCUCCGAAGAUGUAUGAACCAAUCCCGUCACUGGACGCUCUGGCGGAGCGGCUGUCUGUUUUCCAGCAGCAGUACAAUGACGCGGUGAGGGGCGGAGCCAUGGACCUCGUCUUCUUUAAGGAUGCGAUGACCCACCUGAUGCGGAUCUCACGGAUCCUACGGACACCGCAGGGGAACGCCCUGCUGGUCGGGGUCGGAGGGUCGGGGAAGCAGAGUCUGACAAGGUUGGCGUCGUUUAUCGCGGGAUACCAAACCUUCCAGAUCACACUAACCAGGUCAUACAGCAGCAGUAACCUGCUGGAGGAUCUGAAGACUCUGUAUCGUAUCGCUGGUCAACAGGGAAAAGGAGUCACAUUCCUCUUCACUGACAACGACAUUAAAGACGAAGCCUUCCUUGAAUACAUGAACAACGUCCUGGCGAGCGGUGAAGUUUCAAAUCUAUUUGCUCGUGAUGAGCUGGAUGACAUCACUCAGGAUCUGAUUCCUGUCAUGAAGCGACAGCACCCUCGCCGACCUCCGACCUCAGAAAACCUCUACGACUUCUUCCUGUCCCGAGUGCGGAGCAACCUCCACGUCGUCCUUUGCUUCUCGCCUGUCGGGGAAAAAUUUCGUACUCGUGCCUUAAAGUUUCCAGGCCUGAUAUCGGGCUGCACAGUGGACUGGUUCCAGCGCUGGCCUCGGGACGCCCUGGUGGCCGUGUCGGAUCACUUCCUGUCUCAGUACCAGGACCUCCGCUGCUCAGACGACGUGAAGCGGAGCGUGGUGGUUACCAUGGGAACCUUCCAGGAUCUGGUGGCAGAGAAAUGCACUGAGUAUUUUGAGCGUUUCCGCCGCCAGACGUUUGUGACACCCAAAUCCUACCUGUCCUUCAUCGACAGCUACAAGAUCAUCUACGCCGAGAAGAUCGCUCAUGUCGGCACACUGGCUGAGCGCAUGAAGACAGGUCUGUGUAAACUGAUGGAGGCGGAGCAGUCGGUGUCUCAGCUCUCUGAGGAGCUGGUGGUGAAGGAACAGGAGCUCGCUGUCGCCUCCCAGAGGGCAGACGGAGUCCUGCAGGAGGUCACAGCGAAAGCUCAGGCAGCUGAAAAGGCACUUUACGACACCGCCAUGAAGGAGAAGCAGGACCUGGAGGACGACGCCCAGGUUCGUUGGACCGACAGCAGCGCUGGGUUCCAGACUCAGAUCAAACACCUGGUUGGGGACGUCCUCCUGUCCGCGGGCUUCCUCUCCUACGCCGGCCCCUUUAACCAGGAGUACCGCAGCCUGCUGCUGCAGCUGUGGAAGAAGGACAUGGAGGAGAAACUCAUCCCCUUCAGUUCUGACUUGAACGUGAUUGGCCUGCUGGUGGACAACACCACGGUGAGCGAGUGGAACCUGCAGGGUUUACCCAGUGACGACCUGUCCAUCCAAAACGGCAUCGUGGUGACAAAGGCGUCCCGCUACCCGCUGCUGAUAGACCCCCAGGGCCAGGGCAAGACCUGGAUCCAGAACAGAGAGAGAGACCAGCAGCUACAGGUGACGUCUCUGAAUCAUAAAUAUUUCCGUUCCCACCUGGAGGACAGUCUGUCUCUGGGGCGCCCCCUGCUGCUGGAGGACGUAGGGGAGGAACUGGACCCCGUCCUGGACAACAUACUGGACAAAAACUACAUCAAGUCUGGAUCAACUUAUAAAGAGCUGGAGGCAGAGCGCGUAAAACUCUUAGAGGAGGUGACAUCCAACAAGAGGAAGAUGCAGGAGCUUGAGGACAGUCUGUUGUUCAGGCUGACCAGCACCCAGGGCUCACUGGUGGAGGACCAGUCUCUCAUCGAGGUUCUGAGGGUCACCAAGACCACUGCUCAGGAGGUGAGUGAGAAGCUGUCGGUUGCCGCAGAGACGGAGGUGAAGAUCAACCAGGCCCGGGAGGAGUACCGGCCGGUGGCCACCAGGGGGAGCAUCCUCUACUUCCUGAUCGUGGAGAUGUCACUGGUCAACGUCAUGUACCAGACGUCUCUGCGGCAGUUCCUGGGGCUUUUCGACUCAUCCAUGCAGCACUCUGCCAAGUCGCAGCUCACCUCCAAACGCAUCAGCAACAUCAUCAACUUCCUCACCUACCAGGUGUUCUGUUACACAGCCAGGAGUCUGUAUGAGGAACACAAACUGCUUUUCACUCUGCUGUUGGCUUUGAAGAUUGACCUACAGGCCCGAAAAAUCUCACACCCUGAAGUCCUCACCUUCGUCAAAGGUGGAGCCUCUCUGGAUCUGAACUCUGUAGAAUCCAAACCACGUCGCUGGAUCCUGGACCAGACUUGGCUCAACUUGGUGCAGCUGUCUAGCCUGCCGCCAUUCACCCAGAUCCUGACACAGGUUAGCCAGAACGAGCGUGCCUGGAGGACCUGGUUUGACUAUCCAGCGCCAGAGGAUGCCACACUGCCUGAUGGGUACGAGGAAAAGGUUGACACCUUCCGGAAGCUUCUGCUUAUCCGGAGCUGGUGUCCUGACCGAACCACUGCUCAGGCACGUCACUACAUCUCGGAGUCUCUGGGUCAGCAGUAUGCGGAAGGUUUGGUUCUGGAUCUGGACGCCAUGUUGGCAGAGAGUGACAGCAGGACGCCGAUGGUCUGUCUGCUAUCAAUGGGCUCUGACCCAACUGAGAACAUAGAGAGACUGGCCAAGAACAAGGGGGCGCCGUGCCGUCCCAUUUCCAUGGGUCAGGGCCAAGAGGUUCACGCUCGUAGGCUAUUGGCCAACAGCAUGGUGGACGGCGGCUGGCUCCUCCUCCAGAACUGCCACCUGGGACUGGACUUCCUGGACGAGCUGCUGGAGACAGUCACCACGGCAACGCCCGAGACCGUGCACAAAGGUUUCCGGGUGUGGCUGACCACCGAUGUGCACCCCAGAUUCCCCAUCACCUUCCUUCAGUCCUCCAUCAAGUUCACCAAUGAACCUCCUCUUGGGAUGAAAGCUGGUCUGAAGAGGACCUUCAAUGGCGUCACUCAGGAUCAGUUCGAGAUCAGCAACCUGCCUCAGUGGAAACCUCUGCUGUACGCUGUGGCAUUCCUGCACACCACUGUGCAGGAGCGCCGCAAGUUUGGUCCUCUUGGCUGGAACAUCCCCUACGAGUUCAACCAGGCAGAUUUUACCUCCAGCAUGCAGUUUGUGCAGAACCACCUGGAUGACCUGGACUCAAAGAGAGGAGUCAACUGGAGCUGCCUGCGCUACAUGUUGGGCACCAUCAUCAUGUCAGAAGACUUGCGCGACGCUCUCGACUGUAUGUUUGACGCUCGGAUCCCCCGCCUGUGGCUACGGCUCAGCUGGCCGUCAGCGACGCUGGGCUUCUGGUUCAGUGAGCUACUGGAGAGGAACCAGCAGCUCAGCAGCUGGAUCGGCACUGGCCGACCAAACCAGUUCUGGCUCACUGGCUUCUUCAACCCACAGGGUUUUCUGACCGCCAUGCGCCAGGAGACGACACGCUCCAACCUGUCCCGGGGUUGGGCUUUGGAUACCGUCACCCUUAGCAACGAUGUCACCAAGAUGAUGAGGGAGGACGUGUCGGCUCCGCCCCCAGAGGAUGUGGGUGGAGUCUAUAUAUACGGCCUCUUUCUGGACGGGGCGGGAUGGGACCGCCGCAGCGCCAAACUCACUGAGGCCCCGCCAAAGGUCCUCUUCAGCCCCCUCCCUGUGGUCCACGUCUACGCCAUCAGCUCAGCCAACAUGGCAGACAAUAAGCGGCAGCCCGGUGGCGGGGGGGUAGUCAGCCUUUACUCUUGUCCAGUCUACAAGAAACCGCGUCGGACCGACCUGAACUUCAUCUUCUCUUUGCAGCUGAGGAGCGUUCAGCCGGUGGAGCACUGGACACUGCGCGGUGCAGCGCUGCUCUGCGACUGCAAGUGAUCCUCAAACUUUACUGAAGGAGCACUGGCUCAAUGACUCCAGGAUGUUGUUUGUUAAAACUGAAAAUAAUAAUUAAAUUAAAAUAAUUUCAACUCAUUGAAGGUCUGACUGAACUUUUAUCUUCUUUCUCUUUUAUUCCUUUUUUACUUUUUAUUUUUAAUUCAUUUUAAUGAAUGAAUAUAAAAAAAAUCCCUAAAAACUGGUGUCUGUUCUCAAACUCAGCAAAUCGGUUUGGAAGAACAGCAUACAGAAGAUACAGCAGAGAAAAAGUCAAUAAAAUGUAAAACUAAUAUUCAGAGGAAUCCAACAUUGUUUCUUUAAUUUAAAUCAAGCUUGCGCAAUCAUAAGCUGUGUAUUUUUACCAGCUGCUGUAACAGAUUAUCUAAUGACAUUAAAGGAAAUUAAAAAACUUCAAUUCACUGACUAAUUAUUGAAGAACAGACCUCACAUUGGUUACAGAAAUAAUUCAAGUGAACUUUUAUAACAUGAGUCAAACACAAACCUGCUUUAAUAUCUCUAACAAACUACAGCCAUGCAGUCACUCACUAACGAAUGCUAAAAAACACCAACAAUACUGUAAAUAUAUUACAGAAUAAACAUCAGCAACAGCGCCGUUACAUCACUGCUGUCAGGUGAAAAUCCCUUAGCUUUAUUUUCAUCAUGAUGACAUGAGCUGUUGCUCAGAGCCAAAGAUAAAUUUUUACGGUUUUUAUGCUCCAAUUUGCAGUUUUGCUAAAAAAGUUACCCAACUGCUCUAAAAUGAAACACAGGGAAAACUGAAAAUGUGGGGGAAAAAUACCAAAUGAAAUUGUCUGCCUGCUCCAAAAUAAAACUACCAGAAUUUUAUUACUUAAUUUCCUUUCAAAUUAAUCAGGAAUUCUGACCUUUAAUGACUAAAUGCUAAUUAAAACUGUAGCUACAAAACAGUUCUCUCACUCAAACACAAGUAACACUAACACACUAUACAAUACACAGUUUAAAUAGUAAUUAAUACAUUAUUUAGAUCUUUAUUAUUCAAUCAACAAUUUUAAUGUAUAUGUAUUUUCAUAAAAGGGUGGUGAAGUGGCAUCGUCCCUCACAGUUCAUCUUCGGCGCCACAAGGGGUCUUAUCCCCCUCAGUUGUAUUUUUUGAACACUCCUCUGCCGAAGUUGGCAAAUUAAACUUAUCAAAUCCAAUUGAAAGUAUGGCACACAUCUUUU